UGAGCUUCCAAAGAUUGAAUAUGGGCACCAACAGUUUUUCGAAACUCUCGGUGACCUGAUAGGUUGGCUUAAAAGAAUAUAUAGAGAUCAAGAAGCAGAAAUAAUUUCUUACGAAGAAAUUAUACCAAUCCCAUCCUUUAAUCAAACUUCUACCAAAUUUUCUAAAAGAUUGAUUCCGGGAGUUGGUUUUGUUCAAAAAGAAAUUUCAAUGAAAAAAUGGGUUAAUAACGUUGCUUCAAUUAAUUUAGUCACAUGGAUUAAAAAAUUCAAUUUAAAUCAUGGGGUUGUGAUUAAUUCUAAUACUCUUACUCCAAGUAAAAACGCUGCCAUUAAUUUUGAACAUGUACCGGAAUUAAUUGUAAAAAAUGAUUUGUUAAUAGAAGAAGUUCAGUCAACUACAUACAAUGAGUUCCUAUUAAAUAACAACAUGUCAAUUGAAACUUUCAAAUAUCUAAGAACAUUUGGAAAUUUUCAGGAUUGUCUCGAAGACAAAUUGAUUUCAAAAGAAUUCACAUACUAUAUUAUUAGGAUAAAAAAAAUAGAGCUGGAUCUCAGUAUAAACUUUAUAAAACCAGUGGAUGAUUUUAAAAUUGGUAUAAAUAAUGCAUUUAGAGAAAUGAGACCAUAUCAAGCCUUACAGGAAGUCUUUAAGAAAUAUGGUUAUUUUUGGCCACAGAAGAUUACUUUAGGAGGGUUUUUAAGAGCAAUUUGCCCGCAAACAUCAAAUUCAAAACCUCCAGAUAGUGAUACGUAUCAUAAUUUAAAAGCAGAAGAAAUUGGGCAACUAAUAUUAAAUAAUAAGAAUAUAACAAAUGAUUUGGUUUUUUUAACUUCUGAUGGUAAUGUUAUUAGGAAAGAAAAGUUGAAUGAUUGGAUUGAAAGCAUUGAAAAUUACCAUAAUCUUACCGUCAUUGAUUUUGAUAAAUUUACUCCUUUAUAUGAGAUUUUCAAGAAUGAACAAUGUCAAAUUGAAAUGAUAUUAAAUAAUAAUUCACUGCCUAAAAUAUUAUUAACUGGUAUAACAGAUAUAAGCGUUAAAGAUUGCGAGCAUAUACGCAUUGACUUUAAUGAAGAUUUUAAUAGCACAGAAUUCGUGGUUUUCGGUUCAGUUGUAGAUAAAAAUAAUUUACCAAUAAAAGAUUGCAGCUUAAAUUUUGGAUUAUAUGAUUAUAGUGGAUUUUCAGCAAUUGUAAUUAAUACUAAUCCUAUAAAGAAAGAAAGUGACAUGAGAAUCAUGUGGGCUAUAGUAGGAGAGUAUUCGUUAGGAAUUCGUUGUCCUGACCUUCGUGAUGAAAGUUCUAUUCAACUCAUUAAAGACUUAAAGAUUAAUUGUAAAGACUUUUCAGAGGUAUAUCCGAUUGAGAAUUCAAUAUUACUAUCCGAAGAGUGGUCGAGUGACUACCUUCAUUUAACAUAUUCUAAAAAACCAGAAUCAGAAACAAUAUUAAAUAUUUGUGUUAUCCUUCCAGAGAAUGAAAGGGAGAAUAAAAAUUUUAACAUUGAUAAAUUUAUUAGUUAUAAUAGUAUCGGGUACAAACUUGAUAAAACAAACUGUAAGCAAUCGUAUCAGGAUGAUAGAAUUUUCAUCGAUAGCGUGAAAAGCUCAACAAAAAAAGCUUUAAUAAUCUCAACCGCAAAAGAACAAUUAAAUACAAUAAG